UUUAUGUGGAGGACGGCUGCCUGGACUGGAAGGUGUGUCUAGAGGAGGUACAUGCUGACAUUGGGUCCACACAAGAAAGGAGGAGACUGAGGAAAUAGGAGCCGGAGCGCUUUGACUGAACGCUCCAGGAGUGUACCGGGCUACGACGAGAGCGGACAUAACGGGGAAGUGCUAUUCUACACCCGGGGAACACAGGCGGAAACAUGGCGCAUGUCAGCAAUGGCACGGAGAAGGACGAGGAAAACUUUGAAGAUGCCUAUGAAAAUAUCCCAGUGGCUUCCAAGAUGGACCUACGAUGUGCGCUAGAAGAAUGCACGUUGGCGCUGAACUUAUUUUUAAACAACAAGUUUUCAGAAGCUCUGGAAUUAUUACGUCCUUGGGCUAAAGACAGCAUGUAUCAUGCUCUUGGAUACAGCACUAUCUUGGUUAUGCAGGCAGCAAUGACAUUUGAACCACAGGAUAUCCAAAUGGGAAUUGGUCAGAUGAAGGAGGCUUUACAGACCUGUCAGAGAUUCAGAAAAAGAAAUUCUGUGGUAGAAUCUUUAUCUAAUUUAGUGUCCAAACAAACAGGAGAGCAACUUUCUGAAGAGGAAAUGCAUGCUGAGAUCUGCUAUGCAGAAUGCCUCCUUCAGAAGGCCGCCCUAACGUUUGUGCAGGAUGAAAACAUGAUCAAUUUUAUCAAAGGUGGCCUCAAAAUCAGGACAAGUUACCAAAUCUACAAAGAAUGCCAUCAAGUUCUUUUAGGAAUGGCCCAAGGCAAAAACUCCAAAGACACUCACCAUCAGUUUGAAGGCGGUGUUAAGCUGGGCAUAGGUGCCUUUAAUCUGAUGCUUUCUCUUUUACCAUCAAGGAUACUCAGGCUUUUAGAGUUCAUCGGAUUUUCUGGAAACAGGGAGCUGGGCCUUCAGCAGCUACGGGAAGGAGCCUUUGGAACGAGCCUCAGGGCGAUCCUUUGUGUCCUAACGCUGUUGUUUUAUCAUACUUAUAUAUCAUUAAUACUUGGAACUGGUGAAGGUAAUCUUGAAGAAGCCGAGGCACUUAUUGAACCCUACCUUGAGAAGUUCCCAAAUGGAUCUAUAAUUCUUUUCUAUGCUGCUCGAAUAGGAGUACUUAAAGGAAACUUUGAACAGGCCCAGGAGACAUUCCAGCAAUGCAUUAAGUCUCAGCAGGAAUGGAAGCAGAUUCACCACUUGUGUUACUGGGAGCUGAUGUGGUGCUAUUCCUUCCAACAAGACUGGCUCCAGGCAUACCGCUAUGCUGACCUCCUCAGCAAGGAAAGCAAGUGGUCUAAGGCAAUUUAUGUAUUCCAAAAAGCUGCAAUCCUAAGCAUGCUGCCAGAAGAUGCCGUUGCAAGCACUGGAGAAGAUUUAGUUGCCUUGUUCAGACAAGUAGAAGGUCUCAAACAAAGAAUCGCUGGAAAGUCAAUCCCUACAGAAAAGUUUGCAGUCAGAAAGUCUAGAAGAUAUUCAGCAGCUAAUCCUGUAAAACUGACCUUGCCAGCCUUGGAAAUGAUGUAUGUGUGGAAUGGCUUCACAAUCGUAGGGAGGAGGGCUGACCUCACAGAAAACCUCCUGGUAACAGUUGAAAAAGCAGAGACUGCUUUACAAAAUGACAAAAAUCCAAGCGAAUACUAUGGAGAUGACCAGUGCCUUGUUCAGUUGAUAAAAGGCCUUUGCCUGAAACAUCUGGGUAGAUUAUUACAAGCCGAGCUUUGUUUCAAUCAAGUCAUACAGAGUGAAAAGAGACUGAAGUAUGACCAUUAUUUAAUCCCAUUUACUUACUAUGAAUUGGGGCUAUUAUACAAACAACAAGGAGACAGAGAUAAAGCCAUACGGUUUAUUGAAACUGCAAAAACCAAUUACAAAGAUUACUCCAUGGAAUCGCGGCUUCAUUUCCGAAUCCAUGCAGCACUCAGCAGUCUUAAAGGCACCCCUCCAUCCACUCCACCAUGACCAAGUGACACUGGGCUCCUUUUGUACACGGGUAUCUCAGCUGCUGGGACGAAGUACUAGAAUCAUACCUUUAGCAAAGGUGGCGAAUAUAUUUGCUCAACCUAAACCUAAUGACUGUUAUCCUGUGUGAUUUACUGUUGUCCAAUAUAGCUGUUCUUUUCUAUGGUAAUUGUACUAUAAAUAUAUAAAUAUACAUACAUUAUAUACUUCAGAAAAUAUGAGAAGAAAGUUGAUAUAUAUUUUGUUUCAUGAAAGAAAUAAUUUAUGGCCAUACUGACUUGAAUGAAAAAAUUAUUUUCCAGACAAUUACUGAUUUUAGUAAAGUCUGAUACAAAGAAAACCA